GGGGAUCCAGGGCUUGCUCGCACCUCUCCUGCCCUCCCAGUGCAGGCGGAGGAGGGGGCGGCACCCCAGGGAGCCCCGGGGUCCCGAGGGGCUGUCCCCGAGCAGCCAGCCAGGUCGCUGGGUGCACAGAGAGGACACGCAGCACAGUUGUCUUUUGUUGGUGCCGGCCCCGGGAGCUGGGACCGGGGCUUUGCGUCCCCUCCCUCCACCCCCGCCGCUGGCGGGACUGGCGCCCAGCGCCGGGGAUUUGGGGUUUAAAGAGCAGGCGGCUGUCACAGCCCCAGCUUACCCACCGGGCAAGGAGGCAGGCGAGCUCCGUCAGAGCCCACACACCAUAGCAGCCGCAGCGCCACCAUCCAGACCCCGGCCAUGAGCCGCACAAUGAUCCUGCUUCUGCUCCUGCUGCGCGGCCUCGCCGCCGGCCACCCCCCAGCCGCUGCCACCCCCCGCCUCAAGCUGACCUUUCCCGAGCUGCGGGCUCGCCAUGGGCUGCGCCUCUUCUCGCUUGAGCACUCGUGCUGCUAUGAGGCCCUGCUGCUGGACGAGGAGCGUGGCCGCCUCUUCGCUGGUGCCCAAAACCACCUCCUCUCCCUGUCCCUGGAUGACAUCAACCAGCGGAAUAGGAAGAUCUACUGGCCGGCUCCAGUGGAGUGGAGGGAAGAAUGCAACUGGGCUGGCAAGGACAUCACCACUGAGUGCAUGAACUUUGUGAAGAUCCUGCAUCCCUACAACCGGACCCACCUGUACGCCUGCGGCACCGGCGCCUUCCACCCCGUCUGUGCCUUUGUGGAGGCCGGCCAGCAUGCAGAAGAGCCCAUCUUCAAGUUAGACCCACGCCACACUGAGGAUGGCAAGGGGAAGAGCCCGUACGACCCCCGGCACACAGCCGCCUCUGUCCUCGUGGGCGAGGAGCUCUACUCUGGGGUGGCCACCGAUCUGAUGGGCCGUGACUUUACCAUCUUCCGCAGCCUGGGCCGGCGUCCCUCCAUCCGCACAGAGCAGCAUGACUCCCGCUGGCUCAACGAGCCCAAGUUCGUGGCCGUUUUUUGGGUGCCAGAGAGUGAAGACCCCGACGACGACAAGAUCUACUUCUUCUUCCGUGAGACAGCGGUUGAGCGGCAGCAGGGGCUGGGCAAGACCAGCUUUGCCCGCAUCGGCCAGAUCUGCCGGAAUGACAUGGGUGGGCAGCGCAGCUUGGUGAACAAGUGGACAACCUUCCUGAAGGCUCGGCUUGUCUGUGCCGUGCCAGGACCCGAUGGGGCAGACACCCACUUCAAUGAGCUCCGGGAUGUUUUCCUGCUGCAGACAAGGGACAAGCGGAACCCUCUUGUCUACGCCAUCUUCUCCACAUCCAGCUCUGUUUUCCAGGGCUCGGCUGUCUGUGUCUACACCAUGGCCGACAUCCGCCGGGCUUUCCUGGGCCCCUUUGCGCACAAGGAAGGUCCCAACUACCAGUGGGUGUCGUACCAGGGGCGUGUGCCAUACCCCCGCCCGGGCAUGUGCCCCAGCAAAACCUUCGGCACCUUCGGCUCCACCAAGGACUUCCCAGAUGAGGUGAUCCAGUUUGCUCGGCAUCACCCACUGAUGUACAACCCUGUGUUGCCCCAUGGCCAGCGCCCCCUCUUCCUGCAAGCUGCAGUGCCCUACACCUUCACCCGCAUCGCCGUGGACCGUGUCACCGCUGCUGAUGGCCACUACGAUGUCCUCUUCAUUGGCACAGAUGUGGGCACGGUGCUGAAGGUGGUCUCAGUGCCCAAGGAGAGCUGGCAUCACAUGGAGCCACUGCUGCUGGAGGAGCUGCAGGUCUUCCAGGAUGCCUCCCCCAUCACCAGCCUGCAGCUCUCCUCCAAGCGGCAUCAGCUCUACGCUGGCUCCACCACAGCACUGGCCCAGCUGCCCCUGCACCGCUGCGGUGCCUAUGGCAAAGCCUGUGCCGAGUGCUGCCUGGCCCGGGACCCAUAUUGCGCCUGGGAUGGCACCACCUGCACCCGCUAUGUGCCCAAUACGAAGAGGCGCUUCCGCCGGCAGGACGUCCGCAACGGUGACCCCAACGUGCUCUGCUCUGAAGACCCCCGUCGGGGCAGCGUGCCCCAGAAGCAGCUCUACGGGGUGGAGGGCAGCACCGCUUUCCUGGAGUGCAUCCCCAAAUCCCUGCAAGCCCGCGUCCUCUGGACAUACCAGCGCACCCUGGAUGACCCCCAGCGAGAGGUGCAGAUGGACGAGCGGGUGGUGCGGACGGAGCGGGGUGUGCUGCUGCGCAGCGUGCAGCGCGCCGACGCCGGCCUCUACCUCUGCCACGCCACCGAGCACGGCUUCACCCAGCCCCUGCUGCGGCUCUCGCUGGAGGUGAUCAGUGCCUGGCAGGCUGCGGGCAUGGCACCUGCUGGAGACCCCCAGCUCACCGCCGGGGCUCCCGGCCGCAAGGUCUGGUACCAGGACUUCCUCCAGCUGGUGGAGCGCCCACCACUGGGAGCCACAGACAAGGUCUGCCAGAGGCUCCGGAGCCGGGGAAGACCCCCACCUCCGCCCCGCACCCACGCCGGACCCCCUGGCCGCGGGCAGGGUGAGGAGCCACGCAAAGCCCGCCGCCGGCGCACCCAUGAGGGGCCGCGGGCUGAGCGUGGCCCCCGCAGCGCAUCCCCCUGGUGACCCGGGGGUCGGCCCCGGGCGCCAGGCUCUGCCUAAGAGCGGGGCCGCAGGUGGGGCACAGCCUCGACCGCCCUACCAGCAGCACUGCGUGGGCAGUGGCGGGGGGUUGAAGCUCCGGGGCCACAGGAGGGCAGCCGAGAUGAGCAGCUCCCCGAGGGGCUGCCGAUUGCCCUUGCCACUGGCUCCAGCACCGGUGGGGACCCAGCCGGCUGCCGGCAUCGCAGAGUCACCAAAAUAUUUAUUAACGACUGUUACGAUGAAUGUAAACCUGCAGGGCCAGACAGUGCCCCCCCAGCAUCGCACUGCAGGGGGACAGCACAGCAGGUUCACCCUUGGGUCCCAAGGGGGCUGCACGCGGGAGUGGGACCAUGGAGGGGCAGGACAGGCGCUGGUGGGACACAGGGGCCCAGCAGGAGGAGGGGGGUGUAAAGGGGAGAUGUGGAGGUGCAUAAAGGUGGCAUCCACUGCCCUGGGUGCAGAGUAGUGGCACAGGGGACCUUGUACUAAUUGAGCACAAUAAAGCAGAGAUUCAGCCCAGGG